AUGGUGAGAAUUGCUCGCGAGCAGGUACACGGAACAGAGGCAUGUCCGGCUACGUUCGAGAAGGCGGACAUGAGAACGUACGAGCCGCCAUCACCAGACCCCUUGGAUGCUGUGUUUGCCGUGUUCUCGCUCUUCCAAAUAUCCCCCGGCGACACGUACGCCAUAGUUUUCCGGUUCGGGGAGUGGUUGCGGCCCGGUGGGAUUCUUGUUCUGGGGUUCACGCCUAGUUCGGUGCUCCAGGAGGGACAAGGAAUAUAUGAUUCCUUUUGGGACUGUGUGCGGGAUGUGGAGAAGUCGUGGAUGACGCGGGUAACGAGGGAGUCGUUUCUGUCUGAGGAGAGAUGGAGGGAGGUGCUGGGGCAGGCGGGGUUUAGUGUUGAGGUGGAGCGGACGUUUAGGUUUGUGCCGAAUGAUGAGCAGCAUAGGUGCGAGGAAGUGCAUUCUCUUAUUCGGGCGAGGAAGAUGGAGGCAGAUUGA